AUGCUGUUGGAGAAUCUUGACGCUGACACCAUAAUCUUUGAUCUAAUAUGCACGACAAUAGUCCCACAACAGCCGAAGGAGGCCAAGAAGCUCCUGCAAGGUCUCGUACAGGACGACAUCAGACUCUUCGCCGCUCUCUACGGCACCAGAAGUAUUUCUCAGGCCAUUGAUGCUAUUGGCACAAGUGCCGGCAACUCCUCCAACCUGUUCUGGGAACAGAAAGAGGUCUUGUCCAUCUCACAUGUUGCACGGUGUUACAGCAUUCUUCUCAGUCGCGCUGGAGCCGGCGUUCAGGAGUUCCAGGUCAGCGUAACACCGGCGGAAAUCAAGACGGCGGUGGUCAAGCUGCUCGAUACGGCCGUUCCGAAAGGGUUCAACAUAGAACACCGACAUCGAGCGCUCAAGGCCUUCGUCCACGAGCACGCCACGCUCGUGGACAUGCGCAACGAGCAAGCAGGAUGGACGGCGCUCCUGGCGUCUAGAAACGACGUCUCGCUCGACGCCUUGAGAUCCAGCUCCGUCAACUUCUUUGGCGGCACCGGCUGUAGCUCCCUCGAAGCAGCAACUCUAAAUUCCACCAAGCCAACCUCUCCAAGUCUCUUUGACAAGCUUGCUGCACGACCGGGCCUGUGGACUCUGCAGCUGUCCUUGAUCCCGUACAUCGACCUCGCCAAUGGGGUGAUGGAGUCCUUCGUCAAAAACGUCGGCAGCCUUGUCCCGCCAUCGCCAGUACCGAUCCAGGGGUUCAGUAUGACAGACCAAGGCAUCUACCAUGAUCAGAUUGCCGCCCAGACGUUUCCUCUCACCGUGUUCCUUACAGCCAGGCGCUCGAUCUCCAGUGCCUCUUCUUCGCACCUCUCAACACAUGGCUCUCAGAGGUGGUGGGCGCUGUUUGAUUCAGAGUCUCGGCUGUUUCUGGCAGCAAAGGAUAGAGUCACACCUCCUGACCCUUAUUUUCUCAGAAUAGCCAAAAGCGUGUUGGAGAGCGCCUCCUCCAUCGUCCCUCCCAAUUUCUUUAAGGCGAUAUACGACCUGAGCAUACCAGCUUAUGCUGUCCAAGGAGAAAGAGGAGAGGCGGCCGUUCGUAAAGGCCCAGUUGCUCCGCCAGGCGUGCAUGACGGUCGAGCACUGGAGCUUCUCAGGGGGCGAGACUCUCCAGGGCCGGCUCGUGCUCGAGGCCCGGACUGGUCGCCCACCUUUUCUGGAAAGCUCGAGGACCUGAGACUGCGUUACCUGACUAAGGACAAAGCUUUUGCAGUCGUGCAUCCGGCUCUGGCGCAAGACCUGGUGGGACGUUGCAAGAUCUCGACUGCAUUGUCAUUCUUUGGCGCUGGCGACGCAAUGAACGGCAUGAGUGUCGUAGCGCAGACCGUCACUACAAUGGCGGCAGGCCUCAUGGACACGAAUAGGGACAAGUCGCGCUGCGCACGGCUCUUCCUGAAAGGCAAAACCGGCGCCGACGCAAGCCUGAAGGCGAACCAUACACCACUGCUAAUGAUAUGCAGGCCGACUGAGGAGGGCUUCUCGGCGACGGUCGCUGCUGUGAAGAUUGACAACAACAAGCUUGACCUGGCCAAGGUGACUGCUAUGUACCACAUAUCCGUCUUCUGUCACAUACCCGCGAUGGAAUUGGCCCACUUUGAAGCGUUCCAGGCGUUGUGGAUCCGAACAAUUCCGCUUUUACUAGCUUGCGUUUCCUCACCGGCAACGAAGAAGCCUUGCGUGCGAGGAUGUAGACUCGGAGCUCUCGCCCCAGCAAGCGGCAUGCGCCGCGUCGGAAAUCAUGGUCAACAUCAAAGCAGCAAGGAGGCGUUGCCAGCAGUCGAUAAGGACAAUACAACGCCUUCGCCAUCUGACGCCGCAGCCGCUUUGGCUGAACUAUUCGAUCCUCUGGCCGCACGGCUAACCACAGCAUUUAUCGAGAGGAAGUUUACCAGAUUGCAGCCUUCACGCAAUGACGAAAACAAGGAGAGGGAUAGUGCACACGAAGAGACGCUGAAUGCCCGGCGCGUGUUCUUCUUGCAACACAUCAUAGGGCCACUUCAAACUCGGCUAGCCAGACAAGUCUCCAACCCGAAAGCCCAUACUGGAUAUCUACUGGAUAUCCUGAGGGUCCUCGCAGCUUCCAACGAGAUUGCUCUCGGGAAAGACUCGUCAGAUGUAUUCUUCAGUCUCACGUCUGCAGACUUCGCCCUCAUUUUCGACAAAGGCGCAGGUGGCUGGACGUCAAACCAGCUCCGUCUCCAGAACGGACAGGUGUACAGCUUGCGCGCUCCGACAGCGGCGGAUACACUUCUAUGCCGACCCAACUGCGACGCCGUCCGCCGCACCCGGAUCUGCCCAAGCCACUUCCUCACACCGCUCCGGAUCACCGAUCCUUAUGGGUUCUCGUUUGCACGAAUUGAGCUCGACAGUCACCUCCUGACCUUCAAGAGCAGCACCGAUGCGCUUGGGAAUGUCCCAAGUUAUGUGCACAGCUACCACAUCAUGAAGCUGGUGCUCGAGACGGACCCGAAUGGGAACCGCUCGGCUUACAAGUACGGCUGUCUCAAGCGACUGAUCGCCAGCUCAGUCACGGAAAAAGCGAACGAGCAAAUUAGCGACUCACUACAAGACAUCCACCAGAGCUGGCAGAGCACGAAAGAGCAGAUUUUGCCGUGGACCCCUAGAACACUCUGCAGAUCUGCUCAAGGGCGCUACGGUCCGUUACAUCUACGAUCUAGAGUAGUAUUCCAAGGGAAAAGGGGCAUCACACCGAUCUACGCUACAUCACUCAGCAGGGUCACACACGUGCACAAAAUCGCCGAGGGGUCCAAGACAAAGAUUAUAAUCUUCUUCAGCCACUUUGACGGUCUUGGCCGUGCCAUCCAAACCAAGGCCAUCGCUGAGUUGCUCAACAACAAGGGCAAAAUGCCCUGCUCGUCUUCAACCCCUUUUUCGACGGCACGCACGCUUUCCAGGUCGACCAUAGAGCCGGCGUCAGCGAUGCCGAACAACACGUGGUCCAAAGUGAUGUACAGUUCAUGGGCGACGAAAACAUUUGACGCCAACGAUACAAUGCUCAUGGACCCGAAGCAUGACACGGAUGUGGGCGGCUACUUUUCGAGGCUGGCAGACAGCGAAUAUCUACCCAUAGAACGAUUAGAGAAGCGGCAGAGCGAUGGGAAUGUGUUCCUCUUGACCAAGGAUGGUGAUGAAGAGUUUACCGCGUACCGCGUGUUCGAUGGAUGCGAAAGGGCUAUCACGAGAGACGCGAGGCGCAAAGGGUCGCCUAGUUGA